AUGUUGUCGGAUUCCAUCCACACAACCACCUACUCGGGCGAAGACCACCGCGAGGUGCUGCGCGGGCACGCGGCGCUGGCGCACCCGUUCGCGAUCACGGUGUUCGAGGGCCACGUCUAUUGGACCGACUGGCGCAGCAACAGCGUCGUGCGCGCCAACAAGUGGAACGGCUCGGAUGUUACUGUUGUUCAGCGCACUCUCACGCAACCCUUCGAUCUGAAGGUGAUCCAUCCCAGCCGACAACCGCCUAGCGACUUCAACCCGUGCGGCGUCAAUAACGGCAACUGCUCUCAUCUAUGUCUUAUCGACACCCCCACGGAGCGAGUGUGCGCCUGUCCGCACCUUAUGAAGCUCACUGCGGAUAACCAAACAUGUGAAGCGGAGCAGCUGGUGCUGCUAGUGGGAGGCGCGGGCGCCGUGCGCGGGCUGGCGCUGCGCGGCGCGGCGCAGGUGGCGCCCACGCUGGCCGGCCCGCUGCUCACCACGCCCGCCGCGCUGCAGUGCUACCCGCCGCACCACGCCGUCUACUGGGCCGACACCGACACGAGCGAGAUAAAGCGCACGGACGUGCGCGGCGGCGCGGUGGAGGUGGUGGCGGACAGCGGCGUGGCGGCGCCGCGCGCGCUGGCCGUGCAGUGGCGCGCGCGCCUGCUGUACCUGUGCGCGCGCGGCGCGCUGGCGGUGGCCGGCCUGCGCGGGGAGCGCCUGGCGCUGCUGCACCCCGACCUCGACGUGUCCGCUCUCGCCGCGCACCCCGACUGGGGCGACAUCUUCUGGGCGGCGCGUGCGGGAGGAGCGGAGCGCAUCGAGCGCGCGGGCGGGGACGGCGCCGGCCGCCGCGUGCUGCUCGACUCCAACGGCGACGCGCAUCUCGCCGGCGUCACCAGUAUGACCAUCGAUACGGAAAAUUCUCUACUGUAUUGGGUGAACACUGCAUCGGCAAGUAUUCAGUACAUGGAUCUUAAAACUGAAAAGGCUACGACGUUGGCGCUGGAGCUGGGCGCCCGGCCGAGCGCGCUGGACGUGUUCGGCGGCGAGCUGCUGUGGGCGGACGGCGCCGCCAACGCGCUGCGCGCCUGCCAGCAGAGGGACUGCAGCCAACCCAGGGUCAUCAGGAACAAUACUGAGGGCGUGAUCUCGCUGCGUGUGUACGACGGGCGGCCGGGCUCGGGCAGCGGCGGCGCGUGCGCGCUGCGGGCGGAGCGCGAGCGGUGCGCGCACCUGUGCCUGCCCGCCGGCCCCGCGCGCUCCGCCUGCCGCUGCGCGCUCGGCUACCGCCGCGCCGGCACGCGCUGCACACCAAUCGAGCCGGCCCUGAUUUACUCGUUGAGUUGGGAAUUGCGAGGUUUGGCUUUGGAGGGAGCUCAGCUGGAAGACAAGGACGCUAAAGCAGGAGAGGGCGCCGUGAGCAACGACGCGUUACCGCCCUUGCCGCAGAUCUCUUGUGCCGCUGCAAUCGACUAUUAUGCUAGUAAGAAUAUUUUAGCCUUUUUUUCAAGUUCUUUAUAUUUUUCUACACAACCUGUAACCACGUCACUUUGUCCACCCGCAGCCCUAGCCGUGGACCCGGUGGCGGGCUACCUGUUCAUGUCGGGCGGCGGCUGGAUCCAGCGCACGUACCUGGACGCGUCGGACCCUCAGCUUCUCUACAACGGCACCGCCGUGGCGCACAUCGCGCUCGAUACACAGAACGAGAUGGUGUACUGGGCGGAGGUGUGGGACGUGUCGGUGUGGGCGGUGCCGUACGCGGGCGGCGCGCGGCGCGAGCUGUGGCGCGGCGCGCCGCUGCACCACCCCGUCGCGCUCGCCGUGCGAGGACACACGCUUUAUUGGCUCGAUACAAUGUUAGAGCGCGGCAGCAUAGUGCAGGCGCCGAUUUCGAAUCUCAGUGACUACAAGCUGCUCGUAGACGGCGUGGGAGAUAGCCUUAAAGAUUUAUUGAUAUGGUCAAGCGCGAACCAGACGGGCGCGGGGCGCGGGGAGGGGUGCGCGCUGUCGGCGGGCUACGGCGGGUGCGCGGCGCUGUGCCUGCGCGGCGCGGCGCGCGCGCGCUGCGCCUGCCCGCACGGGCAGCUCGCGAGCGACGGGACUUCGUGCAAACCAUACGAAUCGUUCAUCAUGUAUUCGAGGGUGACGAAGAUCGACAGCAUUCACAUAGAGGACGAGAGCAACCUAAACUCGCCCUAUCCACCGAUUGAAAACAUGACACUAAUGCGCAACGCGAUUGCACUGGCGUACGAGUACGACACACAGACACUUUUCUAUUCUGAUAUCCACCGCGGCUCCAUAAACUCCGUGCAUUUCAAUGGCUCCAAUCAUGAAGUUCUGCUGGAUAAGUGCGGCGCGGUGGAGGGCAUGGUGCUGGCGAGCGCGACGCGCACGCUGUACUGGGCGUGCUCGUCGUGCGCGGCGCUGCGCGCGGCCGCGCUGGGCGCGCUGCGGGCCGCGCCGCCGCCGCGCCGCGCCGCGCUCGUGCGCACCGUGCUGCAGCUGCGCGACGCCGACCGCCCGCGCGCCUUGGACUUCGACCCUUGCGAGCACCGUAUAUACUGGACGAACUGGAACGAGAAACGUCCGUCGAUCUCGCGCGUGUUCGACAGCGGGCGCGGGGCCCAGGACGUGGUGACUACGGAGGUGCUGAUGCCCAACGCGCUGGCGCUGGAGCACGCCGCGCGCCUGCUGUACUGGGCCGACGCGCGCCUCGACAAGAUCGAGCGCAUGCGGUACGACGGGUCGCAUCGACGGCUAGUGACGCGGUCGCGCGCGGAGCACCCGUUCGCGCUGGCCGUGGGCGGCGGGUUCGUGUUCUGGACGGACUGGGUGUCGCGCGGCGUGCUGCGCGCCGACCGCCGCGCGGGCGACGUGCGCGUGCUGCGCCGCGACGUGCCGCGCCCCUGCGCCAUCGUGCUCGUCGCGCCCGACCACUACACGUGUGCGGCAGACCCGUGCGCAGUGAUGAACGGCGGGUGCGCGGAGCUGUGCCGCGUGGAGGCGAGCGGGCACGCGGCGUGCGCGUGCGCGGGCGGGCGCGUGCUGGCGCGGGACGGGCGCGCGUGCUCGCCGCCGCGCGCGCCCUGCCCGCCCGCGCACUUCGCGUGCGCCGAGGGGCCCUGCCUGCCCGACCAGCUCGUGUGCGACGGCGUGGCGCACUGCAGCCCGGACGCCGAUGCGAGCGACGAAGACUUGUACUAUUGCUCUUCCCGCACUUGUCCCGAAGAUACGCUAGCGUGCGGUACGGGUGGACGCUGCGUGACCACUUCACGUGUGUGCGACGGUCACCCGGACUGCGAUGAUGGAGCCGAUGAACGAGAUUGCGACUGCAACGCUGGCCAGUACAAAUGCGACGACGGCACGUGCGUGUCGGUGGCGGCGCGCUGCGACGGCGCGGCGCAGUGCCCCGACGGGUCGGACGAGCGCGGCUGCGGCGCCGACACGUGCGCGCCGGCCGAGCUGCGCUGCGCCGGCGCCGCCGCCUGCUACCCGCCCGCCGCGCGCUGCGACGGCCACUAUGACUGUGCCGACCUGAGCGAUGAGAUCGACUGCCCGGCCGAGACGACAGUCCAACCGGCGUCCAGCCAGGAGUCGUUCGACGAGCAGCCGCUGCUGGGCUGCCACGCGGGCCAGUUCAAGUGCGGCGGCGAGCGGCAGAGCGGCGCCGUCGAGUGCAUCCCGCUGACUUGGCUCUGCGACGGCCGCGUGGACUGCACGGACGGCUCGGACGAGACUCCGCAAUGUGGCGGGCGCAACGCGAGCGCGCAGUGCGGCGCGGGCGAGUGGCGCUGCGGCGCGCGCGGCCCGUGCGUGCGGCUGGAGGCGCGCUGCGACGGCGCGCGCGACUGCCCGCGCGGCGAGGACGAGGCGCGCUGCGCCUGCGCGCCCGCCGCCUUCCGCUGCGCGCACUCCGCCGAGUGCUUGAACACGAAUCUAUACUGCGACGGGGACGCAGACUGCGAGGACGGGUCGGACGAGCCGCCCGGGUGCUCGUCCCGCUCGACGCCCGCCCCGGGCGGCGCCCCGGACGGCGCCCCGGACGGCGCCUCGGGCGGCGCGUGCGAGAUGGUGAGCGCGUUGGGCCAGCCCAGCCCCGCGCUCAGCAGCAGCUCGCGCGACGAGCCGUCCAUGGCGGCGCGCGCGAUGUGCGGCAGCGCGCCCCAGUCCGACCAGUACAGGCGGCCGCCGCGCGGGUGCAGCGCCAGCGCGCGCGGCUCGCGCAGCCCGCCGCGCACCACCACGCGCCGGUGCCGCCCGUCCAGCCGCGCCGCCUCGAUCGUGUCCGUGCCUGCCGACACUCCUACCCAGUCGACCGCCAGGCCAUCGGGGUUCUGUAACGUAGCACCCGCCACCACGGAGUACUCUUCGGAAGACAGCGUGGGCAAGCGAGGCGCGGCGUUCGGCGCCACAGGGAGGUCCGGAGGGGGGGCCCGCAGCUCGUUGGGGCGACACACUCGCUUGAUGGAACUGCCCAGUCUGGUGACGUCACUCCAGUACAAGCAGCCCUGCGACCACUCGGCGUCCAGCGCGACCGCGUUCGUCAAGUUGUGCACGAGGAGGGACGUGCUCGCUUCGCCUGUGAUGUUGUCGUUGUCGUCGCGUAUAGCCGUGCGCCGGAUCACCGCACAGGAAGCAGCUCACCUGCAGCGAUGGUCGCAGGGCUGGUCCUCGGCGCACUCGUCCACGUCGGCGCACGCGGCGGCGGCGGCGCGCCAGCCCGCGCGGCACCAGCACGCGCGCCCCACCGCCAGCUCCGUGCAGUUGUGCGCGCACCCGCCGUUGUUCACCCGGCACUCGUCGAUGUCUGCGCACUGCGACUCGUCCGUGAAGUCACCGCAGAAGUCGACCCCGUCACACAGCGCGUCGUGCGGCACGCAGGCGCCGUUGCCGCACUGCCACUCGGCGCGCGAGCACACGCGGCUCGACACCGCCGCCUGCGCCGCCGUGCCGAACGCGCGAGCGUAUGAUGCUCGAGUUCACCAACCACACAUAAAGGGAUCCUCGUCGGAGCCGGCGCCGCCGCCGCCGCCGUCCAUGCAGUGGUCGCGGCCGUCGCACUGCAGCGCGGGCGGCACGCAGCGGCCCGCGCAGUACAGCGCGCCCGCCUCGCCCGCGCACAGCAGCGCGCCCUCGGAGCAGAACAUGCCGUGGCUCCGUCUGCACCACGUGUUCGCGGUGGCGGUGUGGGGCGGCCGCGUGUACUGGAGCGACUGGGAGACGCGCGCCGUCGAGAGCUGCCGCCGCCGCCCUGACAUGCGGUACAAUGAUAGUUCAGUAGAGCCAUUGCACAGUGGAGGCGCUUGGCGGUGCCGCACGGAGGUGCACGCGGUGCACAAGCCCAUGGACUUGCGCGUGUUGCAUCCUGCUAGACAACCCCCCGUCCCCGAGCUGACGCUGGCGUGCUCGCGGCUGAACUGCUCGGGGCUGUGCCUGCUGCGGCCGGAGGGCGAGGGCGCGCGCGCCGUGUGCGCCUGCCCCGAGCACUGGGCGCUGCAGCCCGACGGCCGCUCGUGCCGCCCCAACUGCACCUCCGCGCACUUCGUGUGCCGCGCCGCGCUCAAGUGCAUCCCCUUCUGGUGGCGCUGCGACACGCAGGACGACUGCGGCGACGGGUCGGACGAGCCGGCGUCGUGCCCGCCGUUCCGCUGCUCGCCGGGCCAGUUCCAGUGCGGCAACGGGCGCUGCGUGCACCCCGCGCACAUCUGCGACGGCGCGCACCAGUGCGGCGACGGCUCCGAUGAGACCGACUGUGACCAGUUCACGUGCCUGUCGGCGCAGUGGAAGUGCCGCGGCAACGCGACGGCCGGCGUGUCGGCGCGCUGCGUGGCGGCGGCGGCGCGCUGCAACGGCCGCGCCGACUGCCCCGACGCCGACGACGAGCUGGACUGCCCGCCGCGCACCUGCCCGCCGCACCACUUCACGUGCGGCAACGGCGCGUGCGUGCCGCAGGUGUGGCUGUGCGACCAGGACUCGGACUGCGAGGACCGGUCGGACGAGGGCGCGGCGUGCGCGGCCCGCACGUGCGCGCACGACGAGUUCCGCUGCGCGUCCGGCCGCUGCGUGCCGCGCGACUGGCUCUGCGACGGCGACCCGGACUGCCCCGACCGAGAGGACGAGCGUGAUUGUGCGGUGCGGUCAGUGUGUGAGGCGACUUACUUCCGGUGCGGCGACGCGCGCUGCAUCCCGGGCCGCUGGCGCUGCGACUUCGAGGAGGACUGCGCCGACGGAUCGGAUGAGCGAGACUGUACGCCCAGGAAUUGUUCCGAAUCUGAAUUUAGAUGCAACAACGGCGAGUGCAUCCGCGGCUCGCUGCGGUGCUCGGGCGCGGCGGAGUGCAGCGCGGGCGAGGACGAGGCGGGCUGCGCGCCGCACUGCGCGCCCGGCGCGCGGCCCUGCCCCGCCUCCGCCGAGUGCCUGCCCAGUGAGCGGUGGUGCGACGGCGACGAGGACUGCCCGGACGGCGCGGACGAGGCCCAAUGCGAGCACGCGAGCCGCAGCGAGAGCGCUGCGGGAGAAGCGGGCGAAGCGGGCGGGGCGAGCGCCGCGGGCGCGUGCGGCGCGCGGCUGGCGUGUGGCGCGCGCUGCGUGCCCGCCGCGUGGCGCUGCGACGCGCGCCGCGACUGCCCGCUCGGGGCGGACGAGCGGCCGGACCUGUGCGCCGCUGUAGCGUGCCCGCCGCCUAUGAUCAGAUGCGGGGAUGACACAUGCAUUCCACCUAAUUUGCUGUGCGACGGAAACGCGGACUGCAGCGAUGGAAGUGACGAAAAUAAUCUAUGUCGCGACAUGGAGGAAAAGAUGUGCAGCGAGGAUCAGUACCUUUGCGAGGACGGUCGCUGCGUCGCUUCAGACGCGGCGUGCACACAAGAGCGAGGCGACUGUACCUGGCGCUCCUGCCCCCAGUUGUGUAUGCCCAAACACGCACAUAACCAUACGUGCAAGUGUGUACCCGGCUACCGACAUCGACAACUAACCAACGGAAGCAUCACCUGUGAAGCUCAGGGUGAGGAGGCCGGCGUGGCGGUGUGGUCGCGCGGCGCGCUGCGGCUAUGGGAGCUGCGCAAGCACGAGCACAGCAACGCCACGGGCGCGACGCAGCACGACGACGGCGUGGAGGUGACGUCGCUAGCAGUGGCGCCGCUGGAGGGCGCGUGGUGGGCGUGGUGGGGCGACAGCGCGGGCCGCGUGCGCCGCGCGCGCCUGCGCCCGCUCGCCGCCGCGGACGCGCUCCAAACGCCCCACCCGCCCCUCCCGCCGCCCGCUGAGCUCGAUACUAUUGUAAAAGACGGCGGUAUAAUCCGCGGCGUGUGUAUAGACACAGUAUCACAGCGUAUGUACUGGACGUCCGUGUCGAGUGUCGGCGGCGGCAGCGGCGGCAGCGGCGGCAGCGUGGUGGGCGCCGUGGUGAGCGCGGCGCUGGACGGGCGCCGCCGCGUCACCGUGUGGCGCCGCUCCGGCGCCGAGCCGGACGACAUCGUCGUGUCCGCUGAUACUGCCGAAGUGUUCUGGUCCGAGCGCGGCGGGGAGCCGGGCGUGUACCGCGCGUCGCUCGCGGGCGACGACGUGACGUGGCUGGUGCGGCGCCGCGUGCGCCGCGUGACGGCGCUGGCGCUGGACGCGCCCGCGCGCCGCCUCUACUUCCUCGACCCGUACCGCGGCGUGCUGGAGAGCGUGGCGCUGGACGGCUCGGACCGCGCCGCGCAUGCCGUGUUCAGGCAGCGCACGGGCGGGGAGGCGCGGGGGGAGGCGCCGGGGGAGGCGCCGGCGGAGCGGGCCGUGGUGUGGGGGCGGGCGUGCGCGCGCAUGGCCGUGUGGGAGGACAGCGUGUGGUGCGCGAGCUCGCGCGGGCUGGCGCCGCUGCCGCGCCGCGCGCCGCCCGCCGCGCACGUCACGCCCUGGCUGCGCCACAGCGCGCCCGUCUCCGCGCUCGCUAUACUGCACCCCGUCUUGUUUGCACAUCAUGACGCGAUAAGCAACCCGUGCAUUCUGGACAACGGCAAAUCGGCUUGUGACAGCAGCGCAGUGUGCGUGCGAGGUGCGGGGAAACGCUUCUCUUGUCUCUGCCCUGAUGGCCUGCAACCCACCUCAUCUAUACCUGAUAGUAGCCGCGAAUGCGUGAUAUCAUCCAACACAGCGGGUUCAAUCAAUAAGACGACGUGCUCUCUCUACUGCGGGCCCGGCAAGUGCAUAGUACGCGAGCCUACCCAAUCUAUUGCAACGAACGCAAACAACCCGGCCGAAGCGGAGGCGCCGGGCGGCGGGGCGGAGGCGCCGGGCGGCGGGGCGGAGGCGCCGGGCGGCGGGGCAGAGGCGCCGGGCGGCGGGGCGGAGGCGUGCGCGUGCCCGCCGCUGUUCGCGGGCGCGCACUGCGAGCACUACCGCUGCGCCACGCACUGCAACCGCCGCGGCCGGUGCGAGCUGGCCGAGCCCGCCGGCAAUAACACCUACACCUCCGUGGACACUCCCCUACCACCCUUGAAGUGCACGUGCUACUUGGGCUACACGGGCGCGCGCUGCGAGGCGGCGGCGGACGCGUGCGCGGCGCGCUGCGCGCACGGCGCCGCGUGCCGCCGCCUGCCGCACGGCGCCGCCUACUGCGUGUGCCCGCCGCCCUACACUGGACCGCGAUGUGAACAAUGCACGGACCUGGGCAACGAAGAUUGCGUCUGCCUUGAUAAAUGUCUAAAUGGGGGCGUUUGCCACGUGAUAGACGGCGCAUGGACGUGCACGUGCCCCGUGGGAUGGCACGGCGCGCGAUGCCAGACACCUGACGUCAAAAUACACGACCACGAUCAUGACCACGACCAUGACCACGAUCACGAUCACGAUCACGAUCACGAUCACGACACGCACGCGGGACGAGAAUCGCGACCCGAUCACAGGAGUAACGCUAUUGGAGGCGAUGACCAUGAUUACAAACCACAUAAGGGCUCGCUGUGGUGCUCGGGCAAGUGCAUGCACGGCGGGCGCUGCGUGGCGGUGCAGGGCGGCGCGGGCGCGGGCGCGUGCGCGUGCGCGGGCGCGUGGGGCGGGCCCGCGUGCGCCGCGUACGUCGGCCACGACCACGCCUGCCUCGCGCUCGCCUGCCCGCCGCCCGCGAUAUGCGCCUGGCGGCAUACCGAUGAGGCAUCCGUGCACGGCACCGCGUACUGCGCGUGCCUAGCGGGCGCGAGCUGCACGGCGCCCGGCGAGGGGCAGGGCGCUGGGCAGGGCGCGGGGCAGGGCGCGGGGGCGGCGGAGGGGGGCGCGUGGGCGGCCGGCCUGCUCGCGCUGCUCGGGCUCGUGGCGGCGCUGCUGGGCGUGCUGUACCUGCUGCACCGCCGGAGACAUGGUGCGUUCGUGCACGCCCGCCUGGCGGACAACGUGGAGAUCAACAACCCCAUGUACCUCGCCGGGGAAGACGAGGCGAGACACAACGACAGACAUACGCACAACAACGGAAGAAACCACUUCGCGAACCCUGUAUAUGAGAGCAUGUAUGAACCCCACCAGAACCCAGUUGAGGAGGAUGUGACGCUGCUGGAGCGCGGCGAGGGCUCCCCGCCGCCCGCGGAGGGCGCCGCGCUGCUCUGACACGCGGACGGGCACUAGCGCGCACACACGCGCACGCGCACGCGCACGCGCACGCGCACGCGCACGUGUAAACGCUACGUGGACUUAGUAUAAAUACAUCUAUGUAUUAUAUUACAUAUCCCCCUAUAUCACUACUUUAUGAAUCUCCUUGACUGGUUAUGGUUAUGGUGAUAACUAUAACAUUUUUGAAUGACUGACCUGUAAUAACUUCACGUUUCGCUUUAAAAUUCUUCUAUGUAAAAUCGUCGAUUGGCGAUGUUAUUUAAGAAUCAAUAAUAUUUAUGAGCUCUCUUGAGUGUACAAUUAAAAUACGCUAGGGACAAGUUCCUCUAUAAAUCGUAAAUAAACGGAUUAACUAUAAUAAUUAUUGUGAACGUUAACAAUGUACUCAUUAUAAAUCUACAUUAUAAAUUUUAUGAUAUCAAAUGUAAGUGUGAAUGUAAAUUAAAAUGAAUCAUAAUAUUAAUACCAUUUUAUCGCCGUGUACCAUAUUUUAAUGAAUUUAAUAAAAUUUUAUAUUCCUUAUACAUAUCUGAAUCGACCAUUAUAUAUUUUAGAAUUGUAGUUCUUAAAUAACCCUUUUGGCAGCUCAUAGUAUAGAUAUUAAGUUAUAUUUAGUACAUGGCACAAUAGUAGUUCACUAAAAUUUAUGGUUUUAUGUUCAAAAAUAAAAACACAAUCCGAUUAAUUUCCUCGAUAACUAUCGUAAGCUUAGGAGCUUAUCUAAUAGUACAAAGAUGUUAAUAUCAAGAUACCCAUCAACGUGCACUAGAUUUUAACAUACAAGCUCAUUUUUGGCCAAAUUCUUGUGUGUAUUCUGUUUUCAGAAUAUUGCGAUAUCUAAUAAGCUACACUUAUUUUUUGUCCGGUGUAAUAGUGUUAGCUGCUUAAUGUUUACGAUUGAAAUAUUUUCAUGUAGUCAAUCGCCACUAGAUUUAAGUUUCUAUCCAUUUGGUAAGUACAAAAAGGGAUGUUUCCCAGGCCUAUACACAACUCAAAUUUGUUUGUAGACGAAAACAGUACAAUUAGUGUUAGGUGUAUAUUUUUCAUAAACGUGUCAUUUAUCAAGUGAUUAGAAUCUCGUGAUUAUUAAAUCGAUCUCAGGACCCUGGACCGAUUUUUAGUUAUCUUAGAAUUAGUCUCACGAACAAAGCUGUGUACUUUUAGUGUGUGCCAUAGAGUAACUAUAUAUUUCGUUUAUCGGUUGUUCUUGACUAUGUAAGGUAUUGGCUCUGUUACAUUGUUUUAGCUUCAACUCAAACUAAAGCAUACAUUCUUACUCGGAUCUGGAAAUUCAAACAAUGAAAAAAGUUUAAAGAGUCGCAGGGCCUUUGUCUUGGCAGCUAUUUUUGUUUGCUAUAAUUUCAUAAAUAAAAAUUUUAAUUGCUUGUACAAGAGAAUAUAAUGAAAUGCUCUUUAUUUACAAAUUUUUAGGACUAGGUUAGGAUAAAAAAAUAAUUCGUGAUGUCUCCAUUUUCAUUUGUGAAAAGAAAAAAAAUAAAAGCGUUUACUUUGUUGUGAAUAUGCACAAAUUCAAUCGAGCUCAAAUUUUGUGAAGAUUUUACUGUAAAUUGGAGCUUGUCUAACACAAUACAGUAGAGCUAUAGAUAAAAUAUAUAGUUGUAAGUGACGGUGAUGCCCCAAUGUGACUGCAAACGACAGCUAAUGGAUUAAUGAUAAACAAAUAGAUCUAGUGAAAUAAAUGAAUUACAUGUGA